AUGGUGACCUUCGAUAAAGAGACCCAGAGGGAGACCAAGGAAGACGUGGAUGGACAAGAUCAGGGAUGCUUCCCUCCAGUGUCUCCUCAGGCGGGCGUGCAGUUGACAGCCCCACAAAGCCUCGGCGUCCAACCUCUGCAGAUUAGACGGUGGUCUUCCAGCCAGCCUCCUGGCACUCGGCAGCCAGCUCUGAGUACUCGACCCUCUUCCCCUCAAAGGCAGCCUCAAUGCCUUCCUCCAUUGGUGCUGCCACACUUCCCAGCAGAACGUGUGGUUCUCAUCUCUCUGGAACAGGUUCUGGUGAUGCAUGACGGGCGCUGCCAUGGCCAGAGACAGAAUCCAGAUCACCAGCACCCCGAUCAGCGCGUGCCGCACCACCCGGAUGGAGGAGGACUUUCUGGAGUGCACGAUGGCGAUGUAGCGGUCCACGGACAUGGCAGACAGCGUGAAGAUGCUGACCAGCAUGGACACGGUGAAGAAGUAGUGGAUGAACUUGCAGAUGAAGGCGCCCAGCACCCAGUCUCCGUCAGCAGCAUGGGGCAGCAUCUAGGGAAGCGAGAUCCACCCACGUACAUCAAGUCCUCGUUGCCUGAAACCAGAAGGGACGAACAGAGAACUGCAGCAGAGCCUGAACCUCAAGAUGAAGUCUUUGGCCUGGGUGAGGCAGAUGCGUCGCAGAACAAUGGCUUCGUCUCGAAGAAGCCGGUGGUGACUGACUCCAAGGGCGCUGAGGGCCCCCGCCAGCCCUGGCCCACCGCCAGCACAGCUGACCCUGACGAAGCCACGCCACGCCCCCACCUGGUCCGCCUUUUCUCCCGAGAUGCCCCGGGACGGGAGGACAACACCUUCAAAGACCGACCCUCCGAAUCAGACGAGCUGCAGACCAUCCAGGAACACAACGGAGCGGCUUCCGAGUGCGGGACGGAGAGCCCCGACGAGGACAUAGAUUAGGCUAGCUUUUAUCCCUCCCUUCUUUUUUUUUUUCCUCUUGUCCCCUCCUCUGUCCGUCAUCUCUCGGUUUAGCGAGAGACUAGAACGACACUUUUGACACUCCCA